CAUCAUCACUCGCUCGGCGCCAUAGCCAUCGGCCUCACUAGCUGUCUAGCUAGCUUCCAGCCGCAGCAGCUUGUCGUGCAGAUAGGCCACUCGCUGGGGUACGGUUGUAAGGUUGUUGUUCCGUGACUCUCGCACAAUGCCGGCCAUGGUGGUGGAGGAGGAUCUCAUCAGAGGGGCGGCGCCCGAGCCGGAGCCGGAGCCGCACCUCCUGGUGGUGACCUUCCCGGCGCAGGGCCACAUCAACCCGGCGCGCCACCUCGCGCGGCGCCUGCUGCGCGCCACGGGGGCGCGGGUCACCGUCUCCACGGCCGUGUCCGCGCUCCGCAAGAUGUUCCCGGGCGAGCAGGCGGGCGCGGAGGGCCACCGCGACGCCGCGGGGGUGUGGUACGUGCCCUACUCCGACGGCUACGACGACGGCUUCGACCGCGACGCGCACGACGCCACGCACUACAUGGAGCAGAUCAAGCUCGUGGGCGCCGCCACGUUGGGGGCCGUCCUCGACCGCCUCCACGGCGUGGGCCGCCCCGUCACGCUCGUCGUGUACACGCUGCUGCUGUCGUGGGUGGCCGACGUGGCGCGCGCCCGCUCCGUGCCCGCCGCGCUCUACUGGAUCCAGCCGGCCACCGUUCUCGCCGUGUACCUCCACUUCUUCCGCGCCACGGACGGCGUCGACCGGGCCAUCGCCGCGGCGGGCGGCGACCCGUGGGCGAGCGUCCGGUUCCCGGGCCUCCCGCCGCUCCGCGUCCGCGACCUGCCGUCGUUCAUCGUCUCCACCCCCGAGAACGACCCCUACGCGUUCGUCGCCGACGCGUUCCGCGAGCUCGUCGAGACGCUGGGCCGCGAGGACAAGCCCAGCGUGCUCGCCAACACGUUCGACGCGGUGGAGCCCGAGGCGGCGGCGUCGCUGCGGGAGGCUGGCGUGGACGUGGUCCCCGUCGGCCCCGUCGUCUCCUUCCUCGACGACGCGGCGGCAGGGGCCGGCGGCGCCAAGAACGGAGGCAACAACAACGACCUGUUCAAGCAGGACGGCGAGGGCUACCUCGACUGGCUGGACGCGCAGGCGCCGGGCUCCGUGGUGUACAUCUCGUUCGGGAGCCUGUCGGUGAUGAGCAAGCGGCAGAUCGAGGAGGUGGCGCGGGGGAUGGCCGAGAGCGGCCGCCCGUUCCUGUGGGUGCUGCGGGAGGACAACCGCAGCAGCGAGGGCGCCGGCGCCGGCGCCGCGCCGCUGGCCGACUGGGAGGGGGAGCGCGGCAUGGUGGUGGGGUGGUGCGACCAGGUGCGGGUGCUGUCGCACCCGGCCGUGGGCUGCUUCGUCACGCACUGCGGGUGGAACUCCACGCUGGAGAGCAUGGCGUGCGGCGUCCCUGUCGUGUGCGUGCCGCAGUGGACGGACCAAGGCACCAACGCGUGGCUGGUGGAGCGGAUCGGCACCGGCGUCAGGGCCGCCGUCAGCGACAAGGACGGCGUGCUGGAGGCCGACGAGCUGCGGCGGUGCCUCGACUUCGCCACCUCCGAGAUGGUGCGCGCCAAGGCCGCCGUGUGGAGGGAGAAGGCGCGCGCCGCCGCGUCGGAAGGCGGCUCGUCGGAGAUGAACCUCAGGGCGUUCGUCGCGAAGCAGAUCGCCGGCGGCAAGAACUAGGCCUGGCCGUCUCGCUAGACCUCGCGCGCGUCGUCGCAUCGCAUGCAUCAUUGGCUUUUCCCCCACAAGGCCACAACAGCUAGCUGGCAUUAGAUAGUGCUAUGCUAUACAAGGCGUAGGAUAUGGUCAUAUGGAAAUCUACGACUGUACGUACAUUGUUGCUGCUGCUGGAUUUGGUUCGAUUGGAAUUAAUUACUAAACGUCUGUUAUUUUUACCAAAUAUAUAUAUCGAUGUACAUGCAUAUUCAUG